AAGGCUCCUUAGGAAACUCUGUGGGGUUGGGGAAUUGCAAAGGCAGGUCCCUACUAGUGAAUAUAGGCUAGGGGGAUUUAAAUAUAGUAAAAACAAAGAAGCCCAACGUACAGAUCAACUUCCCUACAAACCAAGACAGCAUGCCUGUCAGGAAUGGCGAGAAGAUGGAGAAGAGGUCUCAGAGUAAGAACAGAGGGAGGACAUGCACAGAGACCAGCGAUAGGGAGGUGCCUGGCUACAAAACCCCAUUGCUAUCAGCAGGAGAGUCCAAAGAGCCUGCAGAUGGGAAUCUGCAAAGCCCCAAGGUGCCCCAAACCCCUGAAACUGUGGAGCAUCCUGGGACACCAGCCCCCUGGUCCAGACGGAGGGCAGAGAGGCUCAAGCAGGAGCCGGCAGCAGGUGAUGGGUGGGUGUCCAAAGAUGCAGAGGCUUUGUCUGCAGUGGCUGUGGGAGGCAGAGAAGGAAACCACCAAACCCUGCAGGCAGAGAGCAACACACUGGUUCAAAAGAAGGCAAAGCCUCUGUCCCUGGAGGAGCCAGACAGAGCCCAGGCAGCAGAUGUGCUUGAGAACUUCCUCAGUCAUUUUCUCACCUAUCUGCAUGAUUGCCCAGACAGGCCUUACUUCAGGGACACCAGGGAACUCGUUCCAGGCAGCAGCUAUGAGUAUGAAAAGGUCUUGCAUCCGGGCGAGUUUGAGGUGAUGCUAAGCAUCCUUGUCCCACAGGACGUCCAGUACACCGAAGUGGAGGGCUAUGGUGGCCUCUUUUACACCCUGGCUCUCUUGAGAAAGUCUCGCAGCUUCCCAGCAAUGCUCCUUCUGGAGGAUGGGAAGACCAUCUCCCCACGGAACAUCAUGGAGGAAUUCCGGAAACACGUCGACCAGUUUCUUAAAGUUUCUUAUUCAGUGCCUUUUCCAGGUUGGCAGAUGAGGCUGGAGAAGAAGAAGUCAAACUGUCCAGCAGUUCAGCUUGUAAUGCUGGACAACCAAGGCGCCAAGUUCAUGUCCUUGAACCUCGUCCCUGCUCUGGAGAUGACUGGCCAAUGGCCAUGCAUGAAGAAGGCGAAGGAGCUGAUCAAGGGGAAAGAAUUGCUUCACUUGAUGAGAGUGUUUUAUUUCAUAGCUGAACAAUCCCCCGGGAGGCACAACAAAGAGACCUGGAGAAUUUCAUUCUCUCAUGUUGAAAAAGAGAUUUUGAACCUCAACAGCAGGUCCCAAUCGUAUCACAAGACGAAGUGCUGCAGAAAAGACUGUUUGAAGAUGCUGGAGGACCUUGUGAAUGCUCUCAAGAUGGAAUACCCUCAAAUGUUGGGUCACCUGAGUUCCUACCACAGUCGGACAUCCUUCCUGCACACCCUGUGGGAGUGGAAGGCCGAUAAAGACUGGAAGCCUUCUGAAGUCCCUCAGUGUUUUGAGAGGGUCUUGACCAAUUUCAUCCACAAGGUGGCCACUGCUCACCUGACCCAUUUCUUCCUACCCAAAUGCAACCUGUUUGGGGCAAAGUUCUUCCCGCCCACAAAGCUGAAAUUCUUAUGGGCGCAGCUGAAGGAGAAGGAAGGAGCUAUGAAGUCGUUCACUGUGUCCCGCAAGAGACGCUGUUCUGCCCUGAUUGUAAAUCCUGAUAUGACUUGGCCUCUCAUGAUUACCCUUGGCCUGAUAGUUCUAGUAUCAGUCGUUCUCCCACAAACUGCAACUUAAAAAUGUAGGGUUAUCAGCUUCCACUGUUUGGUUUUCUGAACUGAGAGAAAAUGUGUUUUAGGAUAUCUUUGUUAAUGGCCAGUCAUGGUCAUCUCAUCCUGACCCAGAUAGCAACAUUUUGAUGUAAUCCACAGCAGUACUUUAGAGGCAGUGUUUUACAGGAUGGAAUUUGUGUGGGAAAUGUGUCACUGGGCUGGAAAAU